AUGGAUAUGCCCGGUGAUAUGGUGCUUGAGAUCUUCUCAUGGUUACCUGCAAAAUCUAUCUACAAGUUCAAAAGCCCAAACUGGGUUCAAAGAUAUGGUGCAGAGACUGAGUUCCAUCACCUAGACUCAAAGAACCCAGUCUCUGGUGUAUCCCAUCAAUUCUCACAAUUUCUGGAAUCCUACCCAGCCUGCAGAAUUGUUGCUUCAAGUAAGGGCUUGAUUCUUGGUCGUAGUAAUACAGAGCUGUUCAUCUGCAAUCCAGUGACACAAUCAUGGCUUCUCAUUCCCACCCCAGACCAUCUGAAAGAAAACCCAGAUGCUGAUCUUAAAAUUGCAUUACAAUGUGACGUUGAAGACUCAAAUGAUUUCAUGUUACUUCUGUUUGAGAAUCAAGAUGAGUGGGCUUCUCAAUAUUACAACUUGAAAUUCUACUCUAUAGAGGAGGGUAAGUGGAAGCCAAUUGGAGCAAGCUUCUUCGGUGGUGGGAGACCUCUGAGAUUUGACAUGCACGUGUAUCAUAGAAAAGCCUUCCACUUUAUAUCAGAUUGUUUUGCUUCUCUCAGCAAGCAGAGCCCAUAUUUCAGGCCAUAUGUAAUGGCUUAUAAUCUUGAGGAUGGAAGUUCAAGAAUGCUUAGGGUGCCUCGAGAAGCUAGGAUUGGCUCUCAUGACUUGACCUGCCAGAUGGGUAUUUAUAAAUGGGGGAAACCAACAAGUUUGGAUGAGUCCAUUUGUUUGGCGAGAUUAAGGAAGAAUGUUUUUACCAUCUGGGUUUUAAGUGAUUAUGAGAUAGGCAAAUGGAGAAGGAUCUUGAAAAUAAGGGUGAAGGCAAUGGGUAUAAAAGAAGAAGACCCUGUUAUUGUAACAGGAUUCUUUGUUAUGAAUGGGGAUCAAUUGAUUUUCACUACAGAGAAGAAGAUUUAUAGAUAUGGAUUGAGGCAAGAAAAUUAUAUGAAGCUUGAGGAAAUUUAUGAACAUGGAUUUGGACGUGAUGCAACAAGUUUCACUGCUUAUUCAGAUACACUUCGUCCUUGCGGAAACGAUGCUGCAGCAUUGCCGUUGUUGCAACAAUAA